GAUGUUGGUGUUAGCUUGUAAUAUAAAAAUAAGGGAUUUUUAUUCAAUAAAAUCAGAAUAGAACUUGAGUUCAAACCUGUAACACACACAGUUUAGUUUUCUGCGAUCUCCAGAAAUUCCUUUCAAAAUGAAAUUCGCUAUUGUUACAUUGUUCACCUUGGCCUUAGCAUUGGGCGCCCAGUCAUCUAUAAUUCCAUGGGGUAAUGUAAUUACUGAAAUCGCCGGUGGUCCUCUCUCUUAUACCGCUGUCACUUCACCAAUUGUAUCCGCAUGGCCUGCUCCUGUACCUAUUGUAGCCGCUGCUCCCGCUAGUUAUGUUGCCCAAACUCGUGGUGCUGUGCACGCUGCUCCCUUGGAGGGACAUCUCAAUUCGGUAGCAAAUAUUAAUGUAGCUCCAGCUCCUGGUACUGUCUAAGGGAUUACCAACAAAAACAGUCAUCGUAGUCAAUAAAAGAAAAGUUUCCCGCCCAAUUCAGAAACUGCCAGUGUGAUGUUUGAA